AUGCAGCUCAAUGAGGUUCUCUGGGGACAUCUGGCGUAUGGCGAAGUAUUUUCUAAUGAGGUUCGUGCAUUCGGAUGUGUUGAGGUGGAGACAUUUGCAGGGACUUCCGUAGCCGUUCGUUUCAACGAUACUACAGGCAUAGCCUCGGUCAACGGCAUUCCAAUUAGUUCUACCAACUUUGACAUUGCUGGAGAAAUUUAUGUCUUCCAUGGAAUUGAAGGCGUUCUCGCCGAUUCGGAAUACGUUCCGUGUUCCGCAGAUCCCCUUGACUUUUCCUCGGUAGAGUUAGCUGGAAACUACAGCACGUUUCUCAGUUUGGUGGCUCAAACAGGCCUCGUCGACGAACUCAACGAGGUUCGACCCGUCACAAUUCUGGCGCCCACCGACGCGGCGUUUGCACGGUAUCAAAGUAACUUGACAGGACUAUCGGACGAGGAGAUUGCAGAAGUACUUCGCAUUCAUGUCAUUGCAUUUGACACCAUUGAUGCACAGUGGAUCCUUGAUUCAGAGUGCAUGGAAUUUUUCACGGAAGGGGGGUCCAUGGUCAGUUUCAGAUACGACAAUGUUACUGAGCAAAUCACCGUCAAUGGAAUCCCCCUUGUGCAGGCCGACAUUCUUGGUAACUUUGGAGUCUUGCAUGGUAUUGAUGGCAAUUUUGCUUUUGAUGGACAAUAUGAACCCUGUUUUGAAGAUCCGUAUAGUGUAGUUGGAUAUCUCACGUCCUACUAUGACCAACAAGUCACUGAAGCGGCAGUGGCGGCAUUUGCAUCAAGUGCAACGUUUUUCGGACCAACCGACGAGGCAUUUUACUCUCUUGAUGAAUAUCCAUUUUACAGUGAUGAUGCUGCCGAGAGAGAAGUCGAGUUGUUGCUCGGACACAUUGUUCCAGGUAUCCACACAGCUGCACAAGUAAAAGAAGCUGGAUGCGUUAUUCUCGAUACUUUGGCUGGAACUAAGGUCCGUGUCAUGUGGGUGGAAGGCGAUAUGGGUGGGCGUCGUUUAGCGGGCCAUGAAAUGACUGGAAUGGUGAUGGUAAAUGACGCCAUGGUCAUUCUUGCCGACCAAUUGGACGAAGAAUCUGAUGUUAUGUUCCAUGGGAUUGACAAGGUCAUUCUUUCGGGAUCCUUUAGCGAGUGCCCGUCUACCAUGUCCCCAGUGACAGCUCCAACCGAUGCCCCAGCACCCAGAGGGACUCCACCAACCGAAUCGAGUGCCGCCUUUUUCAAUCAUGUCAGCAUUAUCUUUGCCUCCAUGGUUGCACUGCUUGCUCUUUAG